UCAAUCUCAUCCAACUCCUUAUUACCCCCAGUGUCUAUGUAAUUAAUAUAAUGUCCCCACUGUUAUCAAAGUGCCUAUCUUAGCUUUAUUCUGUUUGAUAGUUUUAAGUGACAGUACAAUGAGAUUUUUUCAGUCACAAUUCACAACUGACAAUGCACUCUUCACUAUUCAGCCUCAUUCUAAUCUUCACCUUCUUCCUUUUCACCUUCUCUACUACUGCCACUGCCACUACUAUCCACUACCAUCGCCGGCUUCUCCACCAACCGCUUUUCCCCUUUCAUCGUCCUCUCGCGCCAACUUCAAUUCCAUCCAUUAACACUAAACCUCCAUUUCCUUCUCCUCAGUUUGAUUAUCCAUUUUUCACGCCUUUUCCUCCUCCUCCAAUAACUUCUAAAGAUCUUGCCACUUUCCCUGCUAACAUUUCCUCUCUCAUUCUACCACACUCCUCGCGUUCCUCUAAAAGUUCCAUCACCAGCAAAUUCAUUGCCAUUCUCGUCUCUGUCUCACUCCUCUCUGUUGCAUUCGUCACUGCUCUUGUCCUCUUUUUCUUCCUUCAUCGCCACCCUCACCGCGAAGACAAAAGCUAUGAUCACGAGAGAAGUGAUAGUCGUCGCCUUGUUUCACCUAAUGCAACCCCCUCUCAUGUAGAAUUUGGCAGUACACAUUAUCUUUACACACUUGAGAAUUCUAGAAAAAUCAAUGAAGAUGGUGCUCAAUCUUCCACAGCAACAAAUGACUGUGUUACACUACACUUCCAAAUGUUAAGAUCACCAGAACUCCACCCUCUCCCUCCAUUGCCACGUCAAAAUUUCAAACAAAAUCAUAAAAAUGCUGAUUCGGCAGGAUCACCUGAAUAUGCCGAGGAGCAAGAAUUCUUCUCCCCCGGAGGAUCAUCUGGGGAUAUAGGUAGUUCCAAUUUCUUUGAAAAGAGUCCCUAUGCAUAUUUUGAAGGUUAUUUCCAUAACCUGAAUGCAUAUCCGAAUUCCAAUUCUUCAAAUGAUUCAUUAUCCUAUAGUCCUUCUGGAAAAUCGAAUUUGAGGUUUAUUCUUCCACCAGUGGAACAAGGAUCAUUGUCAUCGUCUUCGUUAUCUUCUGGCAGUACUCGAAUCUCCCCUCCUUGUGUUUCAAAUUUCUCAGUCCAAAUUCCAGAGUCUUCUAUGAGGAAAUUCAGCAAUUCAGGGAGGUAUGUAUCGAUAAAACUGCCACCUCCACCACCACUACCACCUAGGCCAAGGUUCUGUGAAGGUUCAACAGUCACAGAACCUCUAGUAGUCGAAAAUUGUGAGCGAUCAGUGCCAGUUUUAAUCAAGAAAGCUACUGGAAAUUCUGAAAGUUCAGAAGCUGUUGAAAGGAGGAAUGAAGAAAAUAUGAAGCCAAAGCUCAAGCCUUUGCAUUGGGAUAAAGUCAGGGCCAGUUCAGAUAGAGCAAUGGUUUGGGAUCAACUGAAUUCUAGCACUUUCCAGUUAAAUGAGGAAAUGAUUCAAACAUUAUUCACUGUAAAUUCUUCAAAUUUGAAUUCAAAAGAUGUCGUAAGGCGCCCAAUGAUCCCAGUAAUGAAUCAAGAGAAUCAGGUGCUUGAUUUGAAGAAGUCUCAGAAUAUUGCAAUUUUGUUGAGGGCAAUUCAGAUCACUAGUGAUGAAGUUUGUGAAGCACUUUUAGAAGGUGACGCAGACACACUGGGAGCGGAGCUACUGGAGAGUCUAAUAAAGAUGGCUCCUACAAAAGAAGAAGAGCGGAAGCUGAAGGUUUUCAAAGAUGAAUCAUCAUUCAAACUAGGCCCUGCUGAGAAAUUUCUCAAGGGAGUUCUUGAUAUACCUUUUGCAUUCAAGAGGGUGGAUGCAAUGCUUUACAUGUGUUGUUUUGAUUCAGACUUUGAAUACCUUAGGACAUCAUUUCAGACGCUAGAGACUGCAUGUGAAGAACUAAGGAAUAGUAGGAUAUUCUUAAAGCUUCUAGAAGCUGUACUCAGAACUGGUAACCGCAUGAACGUUGGAACGAACAGAGGAGAUGCUCGUGCCUUCAAGCUCGACACGCUUCUUAAGCUUGUAGAUAUUAAAGGUGCUGAUGGGAAGACAACCCUUUUGCAUUUUGUUCUUCAUGAAACUAUUCGAGCAGAAGGUUCUCAUCUUUCUGUUGCUGAUCUAAAUCCAAAUGUUGAAAAGAAUCAGCAAUCUGUCGUUUGCGAUAAGGCUGAGUUUAAAAAAAAUUUCCUUGAGGUUUUUUCUGGCUUGAGCCAUGAGCUUGCCAAUGUGAAGAAAGCAGCUGUUAUGGAGACUGAUAUUCUUAGCAAUGAAGUUGCAAAACUAGCAACUGGAGUUACAAAAAUUACUGAUGUCCUAAAGCUGAAUGAAGAGUUGGUUUUGAGUGAAAGUAGCAGAAAGUUUUUCGAGUCGAUGAAUGGAUAUUUGAAGAAGGCACAGGAAGAAAUUAUCAAUAUACAAGCUCAAGAGGAUGUUGCUUUAUCCAUGGUAAAGGAGCUAACAGAAUAUUUCUAUGGUGAUUCGGCCAAGGAAGAAGCUCGACCGAUCAGGAUAUUUAUGGUAGUUAGGGACUUCCUCUCUAUCCUUGAUCAAGUGUGCAAAGAUUUGAGCAAAUAACACAGAGAACAUUGCUAGUAAAUACUGGCCUUUCCAUUGCUAGAUGGUCAAAGCAAUUAGAUAUGCCUGUUUGAUGUCCCUUGUGGAUUUUCUUCUUCUAUUUUGUACUUUAUAUAUCAUAUCCAGGUAAAUCCUCAUCCGUGUAUGUAUUUUUAUGUGUUAUACUGAGAAAGUGGAAGAAUAUCAUUGAUUAACAUUAUGAUGUUAUAGUU